AUGGAAGAACAAUCUACAAUUGCAGUGUACUCGCUAUCCAAUGCAGAGUACGAGAUAAGGAAGAGGCAAAUCGAUGAUAAGAUUAAGAACGCGUGGGAGUCGAUCAUCGCGAAAUAUAGCCAGUACGACUUGGACAACCAAGGUGAUGUUGUGGAUAUCCAUACUGGAAAAAUCGUCGAGGACAAUGGGCAUCUCAGGUCACUCUCGAAAAAAAAGAAAAGUGCCCCGAAACUAGGUGCCAAUCUGAAGUAUUUGACUUGGAAGCAACCGAAGGAUAAAGAAAAGUUAAGCCUGGCACCAAUAUCCGAAAAGAAGUCGAAAUCGAAAUCAAUGCUGAAGCAAAAGUCGGGAUCUGAAAGUCAAUUGGCAUCAAAACCAAAAUUAAAACUGGAAAACAAUAGGACAUCGAAAAGAAAAUUGACAACAGAACAACAGGUCUCAAUCCCGGUAUCAGGAAGCAAAUCUACAUCUACAUCAAAACCAAAGACAUUAUUAAAGACCAAAUCGACGUCAAAAACAAAACCAAGAUCAGGAAAAUCUAUAUUAAAACCCCAAUCGACAUCAAAACCCAAAUCGACAUCAAAACCAAAAUCGGCAUCAAAACCAAAAUCGGCGUCAAAGGCGAAAUUAACAUUGGAAAAUAAAUCUAUAGCAGAACCAAAUGCUACAAAAAAGUCAAAGCCAGCAUCUGAACGAAAAGCAACACCGAAAUCAAAACCUACAUCUGAACCGAAAUCAAUAACCAAACCAACAUCAAAGCCAAAAUCAGCAUUAAAAUUGACCCUGAAAGCCCAGCCAAAACUUGCCUCACAGUCAGAUUCGACACUCAGCUCAAUAUCAAAACCGAAAAUAAUACGAAAGUCAUACUCCCCUAACAAAACCGCAUCUCUCAAAGAUACAAUCAAACCUAAUACCAAGAGUGACAAUAAUGAUGAGAGUAGUGACAAAGAUGAUAUGGAUCCUCCUGUUCCAAUUAUUGUGACUCCCUUGAAGUUGUCAGGGGGGGAUCUCAUUGGCAGUGGUGGAGGAUCUUCAAAGAAAUCUCACGAGCUAACCGGAACACCAACACAAAAACGGGUCACCAGAUCAAAGUCUUCACGACGUCAUAAUAUUGAAAGAAGUUUGAUUUUAAAAAGAAUUUUUGAUACACCAGAAGCCAAUGUUGAACCUGAUCAAUUGAAUUUGCUAUCGCCCGAAAGUACAGCUAAAAGCCCAGCGACCAAGAUCUCGUCAUUAUUUAAAAACAUUUCAUUGGGGAAUUUAUCUUACAAAUAUAAUACUAACGAUGCCAAGAGGAAAAGAAACUCUCAGUCUAGAUCGUCUACCAUUACUGUAUCCCAUAACCCUGCCGAUAAUUCAAUUGCCGAUAUUAUCCAAGAGGAUGACAAUAAUGACACCAGUAUGAUAAGUAUCGAUCAUGAUUCGCCAUCCAAAACGACUCGAGACAGGAAGGUUAUCAUUGUGGUGAGUGAUGAUGAUUACGAUGAACGCACGUACGAUAUCGGCUACCCUAACAAAAAUGCGACUGAUGAUGGAUUACUGACCAAUGCCACUGAUAAUCAAAGUAUUGGAAAUGGCAAUUCAGGAAAUAUGAACCCAAUUUUCUCGGAUCAAAAUCCUCUAAAUCGGAAUGCUCUUAGUAGUUUGGAACAAUCAAGAGAUCCCGCAAUUGGUUCGAACCAGAGUCUUGUUAUACAUGAUAUGGAAGAUGAAGGGAAACAUUCCAGCAGACUGAUCAUAGCACAGCAUUACUCAAGCCUCACUGAUGAUGAUGAUGAUGAUGAUGAGUCGAAAUUGGAUCAUGCAGAUGAUUUCAGGCUGGGAUACGUGCUGAUUGCCCGAUCUUUCGAAGGGACUCCUGACAACAGGGCAAUGCCUCGAGAUAAUUUUCAAAUACAGUGGAGGAAUAAGAGACCCAAAAACCCGUUGUUUGAUGAUUAUGCGAAGGAAGUGGAUGACAUGUUUGAUAUGGGAGAGUACGAUAAUAAAUCGCUGCCGACCAAAAAAUCGCGACUUGUUUGA